CGAAAACGGAAAGCCGCCUUGAGUAAGAGAGAGAAAAUGAGAGCUCGGGGCAGGUCGGUGGGCGGCAGCAUCACCCUUGGUGCAGGACCAGCAUCCCUCCUGGCCCGGGGAGCCUCGCUGCCCUCUGCGCCCUGAAACGGAGCGUACCUCUGGGUACGUGGGGAAGGAGCCAUGGCCGAGCACCGGAGAGGCACCAAGGGCCGGCGCAUGGGCUCCAGCCGGCGCAGGCAGCUACGUGAGGGCUCCGGAGAGGCACCGACAGCAGCCCCUGGCGAGGAGCCACUGUGGGCAUCAGAAACAGUGCAGACAGUGCAGGACUUCUUCAGGGAGCAGGACAAGGACCAGGCAGGGUUUGUCACCCGCUCGGACAUGAAGAAAUUGCAGGAGGAGAAUUUCCCAUGCAGCGCGGAGGAGCUGGAGCUCGUCUUUGAUGGCCUGGAUGCUGCUGGCACUGGGAGAUUAAGGACCGAGGAGUUCUCUGCCGGGCUCUGCCAGUUCCUGAGCUCCCAAAAAGCUGCCAGGGAUCAUCGCUGGCGGAAAACAACAUCACGGAGGGUCCACUUGGUCUUCCCCAGCACGAUGGUGGAGGGGGCAGACAGCGAGGAGCAGAGACACUUUGCUGCCUUCAUGGAGCAGCUGGGCACGGAUCACAUCUCUGAGGAAAAGGAGAUCUGGCAGCUCUGGGUGAAGCUCCGUCAGGAGGAACCCCAGCUCCUGGGCAACCUGGAGGACUUUCUGGCCAAGAUGAGGCACCGCAUCCAAGAAACCAGGAGCAAGAAGGAGGCUUUGGAGGUGACCCUGAAUAAGUGUAUUGCUGAGCAUGACAAGGAGGUGCAGCAGCUCUGUGGGGCUCUGGAACAGCAGAUCCGUCAGGAGAAGCAGCGGCUGGAGCAGGAGAGCAUGGCCCGGAGCCACCAGCAUGGUGUGGAGCUGCAGCGAGCGCUGGAUGCCAGCGAAAGGGAGGUGCAACGCUUGGUCACGGUGCAAAUGGAGCUGGAGACGCGGUGCCGCAGCCUCCGUGGUGUGCAGCAAGCCACCAGCACUGAAAACCGGCAGCUGGAGGAGAACAACCGCGAGCUGGAGAACCGUCUGCAGCACCUCCACCAGCAGCUCCAGCAGACCCGUGGGCACCUGCAGACCGCGAGAGCUGCAGUGGCUUGGGAGCACAUGGGAGAACUCAGGGACAGAGCGGUGGCAGAGCUGCCUGAGGAGGCACCAGUGUCCCCACAGAUGAGUCCAACGAAGAGUGAAAAGUACCGCUCCGAGAUGCGGAUCAGGCUGGGGUCCCAGGGCGGCGAGCCCAAAGCCAAGAGCACCCACCAAGUGGUUUGGGAAAUGCCGCUAGCAGUAAGUAGCCGUUUGGGAGCCGUGCCCAGAGCAAGCUCCACAGAAGACGACCCCUUCCCAGAAUUUCUGAAAGAGGAACGCUUUUCCGACCAAAGCACUUUGCUAAGAGAGAUGAAUGAUGCAAUAACAGCUCUGAGCAAACAGCUGAAGACCGAGGCACCAGGUGCAGCCCUUGUGCCGGCGGACGCUGCUCCUCACCGCCGCAGUGAUGAUGAUGAGCCCCAAACCGGGCUGGGGGCAGCCACAGCCUUUGGCCCAACUCCUGGGGUCCUGCAAAAGGUCCUUCUUGGCCACAUCACUCCUGAGCUGAAAGAAGGACCAGCCAGAGCUCAGCUUGGUGCUCCAGACAUGCCGCGGGCUGGUGCGUCUGCAGGAGCUGAGCACCACAGGGGUCAGGAGCCGGGAGCAGAGCAGGGACAGAGCCCAGAGAAGGCAUGGAGGAUGUUAUUCCUGCAAGGCGAGGGCGCUGAUGUGGAGGAGCUGGUGUUGAAGGCAGCUGAGCAUCCACAAAGAGCACCAGGAGAGAGAGUGGAGGCAGGAGAGGUGAUGGAGAUGAAGGGAGUAGGAUGGAUGCAGGAAAGAACGGGAUGGGAAAAGGCACGGCUCCUGGGAGGUGUUGAGGAAGUGGCAUUAAGCCAAGGAGAAAAUUCAGAGGCAGGUUUGGGGUCUCUUGAGGCGAGGGAGGCAGGUCUAGCAGCAGGAUGGCAUCUGGUCACAGGUGAGCUUGGCCCAGCUGUGGCUCGGGAAGAGCGUGCAAAGCCCCAGAGCACAGGGCUGGGGAAAGAGGCUGAUCCACCAUCAGAACAUUCCAAGAAACUUGAAAUGAAGCCUGGAGAGCACCCGGAGCCAGAGCCACCAACCUGGGGGCAGGCGGGAACGGGAGCAGCCCAGGGGGACUGUGCCCUGGCCAAGGUGACAGUGGAUCCUGGUCCCGGGACGCCGGAGGAAGAGCACAUCGGGGCGGAGGUGCAGCCCUGGGCAGAGACCUUAGAUGCCAUGGUGCCACCAGCUCAGCACAGAGGGAGCAGCAGAGCUGGGGCCGAGGACGGGAAAGUGGAGGUAACGCAGCCCAUGGAGGCAGAGCCGCAGGCGCAGGAUGCGUGGCGGCUAGGCUCUUCAGGACAGGCAGCCCACAGCGAGCUUCAGGAGCAGGUCUCGGCAAAGGCAGAUAAGGUGAGGCUUGGCAUUGCUUCUCAGCAGCCAGAGGAGAAGCCACCACAUGUGACGGAAACAGAGCAGGUCACUGUCAGACCUGCUGAGCCUCCAAAACAAGAGGUGCCGCCAACGUCAACCCUUCACACGGUGGUCCAACAGGAGGAAGGUGCUGGGAAUGAUCAGCUGCGGAUGGUCCUUGGAGACAGCUCACUGGGGGAUGCAGCAAACAGCAGCACGCAGCCUCAAAGGCAGCUCCUGGGAGGAGAGACAAAAGACCUCAGUGCUGGUCAACAGGAGAAGAAGCAAGAGGUUGGGCAGAAAAUGAGCCAGGAAGGCAAGGCCAGCCCAGGGGCUGCGACUGCAGACAGGGCAGGACCUGCCCCAAGGGGUUCUCCUGAAGCCUCCCCAGAACCAGACCACCUCUACAACGUGCUGUUUGUUGGGGACUCCCACGUGGGCAAAACAUCAUUCCUGUACCGGUUGCAUGCUGACACCUUCAACCCGCACCUCACCGCCACAGUAGGGCUGGAUUAUCAAGUGAAAAACCUCAUUGUGGACAACAAACGCUUUGCUCUCCGCCUGUGGGACUCAGCUGGUCAAGAAAGGUACCACAGCAUCACCAAGCAGUUCUUCCGGAAGGCAGAUGGGGUCGUGCUGAUGUACGAUAUCACGUCAGAGUACUCCUUCUCGGAUGUGCGUUACUGGCUGAGCUGCAUCCAGGAAGGAGCAGAAGAUGGAGUCGCCAUUCUGCUUCUUGGGAACAAAACCGACUGCGCUGCAGAGAGACGGGUCCCUACGAAGGAGGGGGAACGUUUGGCCAAGGAGCAUCAACUCUUGUUCUACGAAUGCAGCGCUGCCUCGGGCCACAACGUCUCUGAGUCCAUCGUCAGCUUAAUCAGGAUGCUCAAAGUUCACGAAGAUGAAUUGAAAAAGAAGGCAGAAGAGGUACCAAAGCCACCCCAGAAGAAAAAAGGCUGCUGUUAGUGAUGGGCAGACACCCCCUGCUGUGAUCUGGAACUGGAGUGGCAGCCAGGAAAGCAUAAAACCAGCCUUCAGACAUCAUUGCUGCUCCCCAUGGGUCUGCCUUGCCUGGUCUUCCUUGGAAGCUGAGAGCAAAAGCCAUUGCGGAGGAGUUGGCUGUCACUCAUCU